AUGCAUUUCACAGUCCAUAUAUCAAAGAAUCCUCGAGUUACUGUGUCCGUUACAACAACUCUCACCGAAAGAGAAUCUACAUUUACUCACUAUUGGGAUUAUAAGUCUUUAGCUCUCCACUACGGUAUCCUCCUGCCGCAGCUUCCUCGCCAAAUUUACUGGGACGUUCAUAGCUGCUCGAACGUGGCGGCCGCCCAGCUCACCCAUUCGGCUGGAAUGAAUCACGCAAUGUUUGGUCUCCGGCCCUUGGGGUUCCAUCUGGUGAACGUUCUGCUGCACUCCUGCGUCUGCCUGCUGAUGACCCGCCUUCUGCUGCGCCUGCUGCGUCUCCCUCAGGGCAUCGUUCUCUCAGCGGGUCUCCUCUUUGCCACUCAUCCUAUACACACUGAAGCGGUCACGGGUCUGGUUGGCAGAGCGGAUGUGCUCGCCUCCCUUUUCUUCCUGACGGCGAUAUUGACCUAUCACAGAGCGACGGAAGAAGAUAACAUGGAUCCUGACGAAGCCGAAGGAGCUGGGGGGGAGGGAGGGGGCGCCUGGGAGAGCAAGAGAAGCUUUAUUCCCACGGGGAGCGAGAACGGUUGGGGGUGGGGUGGUGAUGGAGUAGGAGUAGCAGGAGGAGGGGGAGGAGACGGAGGCAGAAGAGGAAGAGGGUAUGCGUGGCGAGCCGGAGUCUUGGCGGGGGCGGGGACACUGUGCAAGGAACACGCCCUCACCACGCUGGCUGUGUGCGCGGCCUGGGACGUCAUACGACACAGGAAGCAUGUACGGAGCUUGGUGAGGGGACAUCCAGCUGGCAAGCAUCUGGGAGCACUUCUUAGGAGGCUACUGCUGUUGGCCGCCAUGAGUGUGGGCAUCCUAAUCCUCCGUUUGUGGAUGCUGGGAGGAUCCUCUCCUGCAUUCAGUGACCAGGAUAACCCCGCGUCCUUUUCACCUAGUUUUGUUACAAGAACACUGACCUUCUUGUACCUGCCGGUGUUCAAUACGUGGCUGCUGCUGUGUCCUUGGACGCUCUCUCACGACUGGCAAAUGGGGUCAGUGGCUCUCGUGACCUCGCCCUUUGACCUGAGGAACCUGGCGUCGGUCUUACUGUACGGAAUUCUGGCGCUCACUCUCAGGGCGGGUUUGCUCAUUAAGGGUCGCGAAGGAAACAGCAUCCUCCUUGGCUUGGUCCUCCUCAUCGUGCCCUUCUUGCCCGCAACGAAUCUCUUCUUCACUGUGGGUUUCGUUGUCGCCGAGAGAAUCCUGUACAUUCCAAGCUUGGGAUACGCCGUGUUGAUAAGCAUAGGCCUAUCUCGCUUAGGCCGACUUCGAGCGCCCUGCCUUCUCCUGCUGCUGCUGGUGUUUUCAAUAAGGACUGUGCAGAGGAACAGAGACUGGGAGAACAGAGAGACGCUGUUUGUUGCUGGCCUACGGACUUUGCCCCACAACGCCAAGAUGCAUUAUAACUACGCUAAUCUACAGAAGGACCUUGGCAACACGAAUUUAGCCAAGUACCAUUAUGAAGAGGCAAUUCGACUCUGGCCGGGACACUCCAGCGCCCAUAACAACCUCGGAACGCUGCUGAACGACACGACAGCUGCUGAGACCCACUUCAGGCUCGCCCUCAAGGCUCACCCUCAGCACUCCCACGCCUACUUCAACCUCGCCAACCUCAGACAGCAGCAGGGUCGGGUCGGAGAGGCCGUAGCCUUGCUGGAGGAGAGUCUACGCUACGACGCCACCAACAGGGACGCCGUGUCAGCCUUGGCAGGUUUAUACGGAGACGCCGGACGCCCUGCAGAAGCCGAGAACCUCCACUUGGCUCUCCUGGGGGCGAGGCCAACGGACCCUGUCGUGCACAACAACUAUGCGGCGUUUCUGCAGAGGAUAGGGCGACGUGAAGCGGCUCUGAGACACUACGAAGCAGCGUUAGGACUGGACCCAGAGCACACGGUGGCUCUUGUCAACACGGCGCGUCUCAUGAGGACCCUCGACCACAACAAGCAAGCGGAGAUCCUAUACAAGCGGAAGUGGGGAAAUUUGCCUAUUUCCCCACGGCCCGCCUCUCAAGUGGCCGUUAGCAGACGUACCAGUUGGCGCUCAGGCUAA